GUAACAUGCAGAUUGUUUCGUCAGUCUUAUAGAGUCAGUCUUAUAAGUUCUUAUAAACGCUGCAUACUACGCAAUGGCAAUUGUCAAAAGUUUAUUGGCAGCAGCCUUAUUAUUUUUCACCGGUGAAGGCGUUCUUCUUCAAGAUGAUAAAACAGUGAAUACUCAAAUAGUGGAAGAUUCCUAUGAGAAUCAAUUUCGUCUACGACAGAAUGUUGUGCCCAUCCAUUACGACAUAAAACUAAUACCUCAUAUUGUGGAAAAUAAUUUUACUACUAAUGGCGAAACGAACAUCGAUGUUGAAGUGCGCGAAUCGACGAAUGCCAUCGAAUUGCAUGUUGUAGAUCUCGCAAUAGACGAAUCGCUGACGAAGCUAACUCGCAAAGACGUAGAUGUAAUUUCUAAAUCGGAGUAUGUUCCAAAGCAGCAUGAAUAUAACUCUCUAACACAAAUUUUGACUCUGCGAUUUGAGGAAUUAUUGGAUCCUGGAAUCUAUACGCUGCAUUUCACUUUCACGGGCGUAAUAUAUUCAUCCCGUAAUGUUGGACAUGGGGUCCUACGCGGAUUGUAUAGAAGAUUUUAUUAUAACGACGAAGGAAACAAGAUAUGGUUAGUCGUAACACAUUUUCGCUCAGUCUAUGCGCGGCAAGCAUUUCCGUGUUGGGAUGAACCUGCCAUAAAAGCGACCUUCAAGCUUUCUAUCAAGCACUGUCCCAAUUAUACAGCAUUAUCGAAUAUGCCAUCCGUACGAUCAGAAAUCGACGAAGCCGACGGAAAAUUAUGGACAUACUUUGAGACAACUCCUAUUAUGUCUACUUAUUUAUUAGGAUUCGUGAUCGCUGAUUAUGGUUAUGUCUCAAAUUUGGACGGUAAUGUGAAAAUAUGGGGUCCAAAACACCUUCUUUCUCAUGCCACAUAUUCUCUCGAUAUUGUCGAGAAGGCAAAGCAGGAACUCGAAAAAUUCACCAAUAGCACUGUUCCUGUACCGAAAAUGGAUCAUGUUGCCAUUCCACAUUACGGCAGUAGGGUCACUGAAAACUGGGGUAUGAUGCUUUACACACAAGAUGUACUUCUUGGAGACAAGAGAUUACCUUUGAUUAAUAUCAUAGAUGAUAUUACGACAAUCACUCACGAAGUAGCGCAUCAAUGGUUCGGAAAUUUAGUCACUUCAGUUUGGUGGAAAUAUUUUUGGUUGAACGAAGGCAUCACGACAUAUCUGCAUUAUUCUAUUACUGACAAGCUUCUCAAAGAAAAACGAUUCAUGGAUUAUAUAAUAGUGGUUGUUGAACAACGUAUGCUGAAUACAGAUUCAACUUUAUCCACCCCAAUUCAUAUAAAUAUAAUUGGUCAUUCACACAUUUUUGAACCAUUUGCUAACAGAACUGUCGAAAAUUCAAGAAAAUCUGCUUUUCUCUUCCGAAUGUUAUCGCAUUUCUUGACGGAAGAUGUGUUUCAAAACGGCUUAAUAAAAUACCUUCAAGCACAUGCAUACAGCAGUGCUACAUCAGACGAUUUAUGGAAGGCAUUACAAGACGCUCUCGAUGAGUCAGAUGUACCGCAUGAUCAUUUUAAAGUAAAAGACGUAAUGGACACUUGGUUCAAACAGGCGUGGUAUCCUCUCGUUACUGUUCAUCGAGAUUAUGCUACAGGCGAAAUCAAGAUAACGCAAGAAAUAUUUACACCUAAAAACAAUUUUAACUAUAGAGGAAACAUGGCAGAGGCAUGGUGGAUACCUAUAAAUUUUGCAACGCAAAGUAACUUGGACUUCUCGUCUACGUUAGCCACCCAUUGGCUGAAACCGCAAUACAAUUAUAUAACAAUUAAUGGAGUAAACAUUAAUGACUGGAUUAUUGUAAAUAAGCACCUGACAGGAUUUUAUCGUGUAAAUUACGAUGCAACUAAUUGGAAAAGAAUCGCUGCUUUUCUUAAUUCUGACAACUACGAUAAGAUACCAGUUCUAAAUCGUGCACAAAUUCUUGACGACGCUUACAACAUGGUGAAAGCUGAACGGCUUGAAUUACACAUUUUUGUUGAAAUUAUAAAUUAUUUGUCACGAGAAACUGACCCUGCACCAUGGUGGAGAUUUCUUAAUAACAUUUGGGAAUUUAAUGAUUAUUUGCGAUUACCCGAAGGAGAAGCAGUCCUUAAGCCAUUUUUAUCGAAUUUGAUGUGUAAACUAUUUGAACGUAUCGACAAUGAAGGAAAUCCUGGUGAUCUUUUCAUUGAAAGUCUUAGAAUGCAUGUGUACAAAUAUGAAUGUGUAUAUGGUCUUUCGGAUUGUCAAGCAAAACUUACUUCUAAAUUACUUGCAUAUGUGGAAGAUCCAAUUUCAAAUAAUGAACCAUUAUUUCAGCAAGAAAAGCUAUAUUGCUUUGGUCUCAUAAAGGCGAAUGAAUCUCUUUGGGAACGGUUCAUGCAAGCACAACAGAGAACAUUCAAAUCUCAAGGGCAGUUUCUUGGUUGUUCAGAGAAUUUACACAUUCUUGAAAAACAUUUAAAUUUUUGUUCCAAAUAUGUAGGAGCAUAUUCCCAUGAUCUCUUCAAUAAUAUGUUCACAAUUUUUCCAACUACUGAUGUAGCGAUUAAAUUUUUUAUUAAUAAUCACGAGAAUAUCCAUGAACCAUUAAUUCUUCAGAGAAUCAUUAACAAUAGUUUCAGGGAAGAGGAACUUGACAAGAUAAAAGCAUUUGCUGAACAAUAUGGAAUCAAUAUACAAACGGAUUUAAACAACAGGAAAGCAAUCUUAGACAAAAUGAAUAAUAAUUUGUUGAAAUUCCUUGGUGUUUUAAAAAAUAUACAGUCAGUUAAUACAUUCAACAAUGAUACAUCAUAAUCAGAUUUAAUCCAAGUUUAAAAUAAAAGAAUGAAAAAAGGUGUACAAAUUAUAUAUAUUAUAUAUAAGAAGAAAUAACAUUUUAAUAUAGCGUUAUAUUCUAUAUUGCAUAUUAAUACUAUUAAAUGAUGCUUUUUAAUUCACAAUUAAUGUAAUACUAAUUUUAAAUAAAAAAUGUUUAACGCUUGAA